GACACCUCACCUACUUGCACUCUCUCUCCUCUCUUUCUCUCUCCUUCUGCUCGUACAUUUUACAUUAUUAUAUUUUUAUUUUAAUUUGUGUAUUCAUGCAUUUCGCAUUUCUUGGGGGAUUAUAUAUUAUUGCAAGUACAUUGAAGACUGCUCUGUGCAAAGGAGAAAAGGGUUUUCUUCUUCCCUUUCUUUUCCUCUCUUUUUAUUUUUUGGUUUUUACCCUUUUUUUUCCCUUUGGGGUUGUGGCGUUUGUUUCGUCGUCGUUCAAUUGAAUCGAAUCGAAGUGUUUGGCGAUUUACACCGUGGAAUGCUAAUAUUGAUUGAGAUCUUGAUCUGGGCUUUCGUUUUGUUGAGGGAUUUUGCUGUUUUUCCUCUUGUUUGGGGAUUUUCGUCUCUGGAUCAUCUUCAGCCAUGCCUGCUCUUGUUAAUUACCGAGGCGAUCACAGUGAUUUCCACGCCGGAGGUUACUCCUGCGCCGGCGACUCCGGCGUCGUCUUCUCCAUCGCCUCCGGCGUCGAGGUCUACUGCCCGCCGCGGAAGCGCUCGCGGAUCGCCGGGCCGUGGAUCGUCGGCGGGGAAUCGUUCCACGACAAGCGCCCGUCUCUCGACGGGCUGCCGGACGAGUGCCUUUUCGAGAUUCUCCGGCGGCUGCCCGCCGGACGGGAGAGGAGCAUCUCCGCCUGCGUCUCCAAACGCUGGCUGACGGUGCUCAGCAACGUCCGGACCUCCGAGUUCUCGCAGGGCUCCGCCGCCGGCGCUCCGGCGGCCGACGAGGAUGCUGACAUGGAGUGCGACGGAUGUCUCACGAGGUGUGUGGAAGGGAAGAAAGCAACCGAUCUAAGGCUCGCCGCCAUUGCCGUCGGAACUUCCGGCCGCGGCGGGCUUGGAAAGCUUUCGAUCAGAGGAAGCAGCUCUUUUCCGGCGGUCAGCGACGCCGGCCUGGCGGCGAUUGCCCGCAGCUGCCCGUCGCUUAGGGAUCUUUCGAUGUGGAAUGUAGCUUCAGUCACCGACGACGGUCUCUUUGAAAUCGGCCGCGAAUGCCGAUCGCUGGAAAAGCUCGAUCUCUGCCAAUGCCCGUCGAUUUCGAACAAGGGCUUAUCUGCAAUCGCCGAAAACUGCCCUAACAUUACAGCAUUGACAAUCGAAUCGUGCCCGGGAAUCGGGAACGAGGGUCUUCAAUCAGUGGCGAAGUUCUGCCGAAAAUUACAGUCGAUUUCGAUCAAAGACUGCGGCCGCGUCGGCGAUCAGGGCAUUGCUAGUUUAAUGUCGUCGGGAUCGUCAGCAUUGACGAAACUGAAGCUUCAGGGCCUAAACAUCGGCGAUUAUUCGAUCGCCGUAAUCGGGCAUUACGGAAAGGCGAUUACGAAUCUCGUCUUGUCGGGACUUCAGAAUGUGAGCCAGAAGGGCUUUUGGGUGAUGGGCAAUGCCCGCGGAUUACGCACAUUGUUGUCGUUGACCAUCACCGCGUGCCGCGGAUUGACAGAUACGAGCCUCGAAGCUGUCGGAAAAGGCUGUCUGAAUUUGAAACAUAUGUGCCUUAGGAAAUGCUCGAUCGUCUCCGAUAAAGGGCUCGUUGCUUUUGCGAAGGCCGCAGGCGUUCUCGAGAGCUUACAAUUGGAGGAGUGUAAUAGAAUUACUCAAAUCGGAAUGUUGACGGCGCUUUCGAGCUCGAGCUUUAAAUUGAAAAGCGUUGCGGUAAUAAAGUGUAUGGGAAUUAAGGAUUUAGCUUCGGAUUAUCCGACGAUGUUGUCGCCGUGCGAGUCGCUCCGAUCGUUGUCGAUUCGGAACUGUCCUGGGUUCGGGAGCACGAGCUUGGCGACGGUCGGGCGGCUCUGCCCGCAGCUCCAGCAAUUGGAUCUAAGCGGGCUUCGUCGGAUCACCGAUGAUGGCCUCCGGCCGCUCGUCGAGUGUUCCGAGAAGGGACUUGUAAAGGUCAAUCUAAGCGACUGCUCGAAUCUAACCGACGAAGUGGUGUUCGCGCUAACGAGAAUGCACGGCGAGACGCUCGAGCUGCUAAAUCUCUGCGGUUGUUCGAAAAUUACCGACGCAAGUCUUGCCGCGCUCGCAAACGCCUGCCCGUUGCUCAACGAUCUCGACGUUUCGAAGUGUCGUGUUACUGAUUCGGGUGUCGUCGCGCUGUCGCGCGGUGUGCAGUCGAAUCUGCAGAUCCUAUCAUUGUCGGGAUGCUCGAUGGUGUCGAACAAGAGCGCCCCGGCGCUCGAGAAGCUCGGAACGACGCUCGUCGGGCUGAAUCUCCAGCAUUGCCAUUCGAUCAGCGGCCACGCGAUUGAGUUGCUUACCGAGAGCUUGUGGAGAUGCGAUAUUCUGUCGUAAAAUCGAGUAGCUUUUUUCCCGCCGCCGCUGCGCUCGACUUGAUUCGAUUGGACUCGGUUGUUUUCCGGAGAGACCCGGGGGCGAACACCCACUUUUUUUGCAGGCUGCCUUGUAUUUGACAAGCCUGUUGAAACCUUUUUAGCCGAACCCGUCGAUCAUCGAUUGAUCAGAUCGGCUGCCCCCGUUUUGUUCGCCUCCGGUCUCUUGCACUAAACUGGGUCUGUCCCGAUUUCAGGUUUCCCAUCGCGGCGCUCUCCACCCGAGUUUGUAUCAUCGAUCGUUUAUUUUGCUCGUAUGUGUCCGUUUCAAGUGUUUCGAUUUCGAUGUUCGGGUUUAAGGUUAGGUUAAGUUAAGGUAGUGUGUCGUGGAAGACGGUUUGCCGAGUAGUUGCGUUGUCGGUGCCCGAUUUUAGAGCGAGGAAGCCGCCUCUCCGUCGAGGGAUCGACGGCCGCCGCCGGAACAGCCAUGGCUGUUUUUUUUUUUACGUUCUCCGGCGGUGGUUUUUGGAUGAGAUUUUCUUACUAGUUGUAGUAAGUUAAGUCUUGUUUGUUUUGGUGCUUUUUCGCUCUAUUUGAGUGUGUUCAUUGUACUAUGCAACUGCUCAAUUCCUUUUUCCACAUAUGUAAUGUAAUGUAAUGUAAUGAAGUGUAAUUUUAGUGAUGUAAUGAAUAAACUUGUUGUUUGUGUCAA